UGUACAUAGCAUUUCGAGUGUCCGCUGUUAUAUAGUAACCGUGUGUGUGUUCCAGUCGGCUACAUUUUUGCUACAGUUUGAUUCAGUUUUUCCUUCAUUCUAUUCAAAUCAUUUCGUUCGGUUGUUGUUGUUUUUUCCUCGUCAAUCACGCUGGAUGUGCUGGGACGGUCAUCUGGCAGGAAGUUUUUCUUACUGGAACGUGACGACGCCAGAAACCCCUCUCUCUCUGAUCGAGCUGGAACGGAGAGCCAUAAUGGAUGAGGUACGGUGCGAGAGCUGGUCGAUCGCCCGUCAAUUGAACGCCCUCUACGAGUCGGUGGGCCACAUUUGCGGCGUCCGUGUCACGGCGAUAGACAUCGGCCAGCAGCGGGAUCAUCUGGUGCGACCGACAUUGCUGCUGCCACUGCCGACCGAAGACGACGAUCGCCAACAGCUGCUGGAAGGAUUGCGCCAACAGGACGGUCUCCUUCGUCAGCAGAUUCGUGACCUCAUUGCGAAAUUGCCCAUACGGACUCCCGCCGACCAGGCGGUGACCAGUGGUGGAACGGCAUCAGCAGCGCCGGCGGCCGAAGCGCUCCGCCAUUUCCUCGUCUCCAACGGCGGCGAAACGGGCGGCUGGGACGCCCGGGAUCACGGCCUUUUCCUCCAGUGGCGCUCCAGAUUUAGAAACAAUCGGCAGACCUUCGUUUCGGCCGUCUGCGACACGGUGCCAGGUAAGAACGCGGCCCAGGUGGAGGCCCACGAGAAGUGGUACCAGAAUUUGCAGAGAUUGCGUCGGGAGCAGCGACACGAGUUGGACGAAUGGAAACGUCAAAAGAAAUUGGCGGACGAGGAAGAGCGGAAAUCGGCGUCGACGGAAUUCCAGCAACUGCAAGAAAGCGACGCCUGGGUCGCCCAGUGGCGCCGCCAACGCGAAACUGUGCGCAAGAACCUCGACCGUUGGAAGGAAGAAAAAGCUUUAAAAGCGGCCGAAGAGCCGGGCAAUGCGGACGAGUUGGCGGAGGAAGAGCGUAAGAAAGCGGAAGCUGAGCAACGCCGCCGGAUGGAUCAGCAAUACCAGAAACUGGUGGCCUAUUUGUGGCGGAUGGAGCAAGAAACGGCCAAAGUGGCGGCGGAGACGGCUGACGAAUAUUUGGCCCGGCUGGCCAGGAAGGAGAAAUCUCAGUCGGGCAACAGCCGAAACCUGCAGCUGAUGGCCGAACAAAGACAGGAGCGUGACCGGCAAUGGCUGGAGCAGCGACGCCGCCAGCUGUUGACUCGCCAACAACAACAACAACAACAGCAGCAGCCACCCAAAGUGGCGUCACUCAAACGGGCGGUGUCGGUGCCACGAGAUCCGCAGCGUCUCCUCCGACCCACAUCCGCAUACAUGGCCCGGCUACUACCUGCCCAUAAUGACGAUGCUGUGCCGUCAGUCAAACAGCGGCCGGCCGAAUCCUACAUCCUGGACGUCCAGUCCAAAACGGUGCCGAGUUGGCGACAACUGUCAAGCCGAUGACGUCAUCACUGGAAUGGAAUCGCGUAAUCAUCACCCACCACCACCAACAGC